AUGGCAUCUGGCUUCUCGUCAAAUGCCGUCGACGUGGCUGGGGACCUGCACCCCAGCAGCGUCUCCCUCACGGCUGCUGCCAUGAGUGCGGCCACGCAACAGAUGACGGCCGCUGGACAAGAGGCUCCCACCGGAUGGUUGGGCCUUUUCGGUUGGAGCAUCUAUGUUAUCCUCAACCUCGUUUCCAUCAUCCUGUACUGGGUUUUGCGCAUUGCAACUAUUAAUAUUCCCACCUUUCUCUUUACACUAUUCUCUACUAGCUGGACCAUAACCAUGAACGCUACCACACUAAUGUUCGUCAUGGCUGCUGUUGUCUCAGUUGUUAGUUGGGUUGUUCGCUACAGAAUACUCAACAUGUACUCGAGGUUGCCUCCGGAACCUCAGCGCAAGGAACCCGAAGUCGACCUGUUUCCUGACACGCAUGAUGAAGGCAUCAAGGCCGGCCUCUCCAGCUACCUGGACGAGUUUCUCAGCGCCAUCAAGAUUUUCGGCUACCUUGAACGGCCCGUCUUCCAUGAACUAACUCGCAGCAUGCAGACGCGUAAGCUGAUUGCCGGCGAGACUAUCAACCUCGAGGAGGAAAAGGGCUUUUGCAUCGUCGUUGACGGUCUCGUUGAGAUCUUCGUCAAGUCCGGUAUCCACUCGCGAUCUCCCGAUGGCGACUUCGCUGACGGCCACGAGGACGACGAUGAUGCCCCUCCGGGUCACCAGAAGUACCAGCUCCUUACUGAGGUCCGGAACGGUGCGCCCAUGUCGUCGCUCUUCUCCAUCAUGUCCCUGUUUACAGAAGAUGUCAAGCUCCGCCCUCCGGGAGAGGAAGAAUCGCCCCCCAUGCCCCCUGUGACGCCUUCGCGACACUCGCGUCGUCAUCACAGUUUUCACAAACCCGAGGGCUUUGGGGUUUCUGGCCUGGGCAUGUCUGUUUCUUCCACGCCUCAUCCGGCCGACCCGUCUCACCAGGCUGAGCCUCUGCCGGAUGAAGAAACGAGCACUUCAAAGAUACCCCCGAUGUCGUUGGAUGGACACCAAACGGGGCGCCGUCCUCAACUGCCCCACAGGCAGACUACCAACUCGGCCCAUCCAGACAUCAUAGCCCGUGCAACUGUCGAUACUACCAUUGCUAUCAUCCCGGCCAGCGCAUUCCGCAGGCUCAUCAAGGUCUAUCCGAAGGCGACCGCACAUGUUGUCCAUGUCAUCCUUUCGCGGUUCCAGAGAGUCACACUGUCUCAUGCCUUCAACUAUCUCGGCUUGACAGGCGAGGUGCUCCGAACUGAGAAAAACAUGAUCAACUACACCGUCUGCCAGCUUCCCAACAUCCUGAGAGGCGAGGCUUUGUCUCGACUCAAGGAGAAGUUCAGCCGCGAACGAGAACGAAUCAGUGAAGGCGAAGGGUCUAAGGGAAUCGCACUGCAUAACCCGGCUGCCCGCCCAGGGCGUCGGAGGUCUAGCACGACCCUGCGUAAGGAGGCUGUGCUCCAUGCCAUGUCUAAGAGACAACCCACUUUCCCUCUGAAUAGAACGACCUCGACACACGGCUCGGCCGGCUCAGCCGGCCCUGGAGACCUGUUGACCAGCAUCCAGACCGCCCGGGGAGGUGGCCGUGCAGCAUCCAGCGAAUUACGGCAUGAGGAUUCGCUCGAUAUUGAUUCCAACAAGGAUGUCAGCCCUCUGGCCCAGAGAUCGUACAAUCCCUUUGAUUCUCGUGGCCAGAGCCGAAUUCCUCUGGAGCCCCGCGAGACGAUAGACGAGGACAGCAUAUUCAGGAUGGCCAUCCUCGAAUGCAUGUUCAAGUCACUAGGCUUAGAUGGUGGGAGCUCUGCAACACCGCAACCCGAGUCCACAGAUGUAUCGCCGAGGCUCGUUGCCCUCGAUUCGAGACGAGGAAGGGCUCUGUACACAAACAACACCAACAACGCAUUUGGGUCUAUCGGUCCCUUCGAUGGCUCGGUAGAUGGUGACUCGGAAUCUGUCACGUCCAGCGGCGUGGCGUUCAAUUCGGCACCUAGUUCUCAAGCUCUGUCUCAAGAGCUGAUGGAUGAGGUUGAGAUUGUCUUCUUCCCCAAAGGUUCUGUUCUGGUCGACCAGGGCGAGCGAGCUCCUGGGCUAUACUACGUCAUCGAUGGAUUUCUGGACAUCGGCACCACGUCGCCUAGGGACUCACAGAAUAUCUUGUCCACGGCCCCCGCAGAGAAAUUAUCAACCCAGUCCUCGACUCCGGAGAUGCCUCAUUCGGAAACAUUCCCGACAAUGGAUGAGAAGGGCGAAGCCCAUUCGAAAGCGCGUGGCAAGAAGGGUGAGGCUCUCCGCCGCCGCAGCGUCGCUCUGGUCAAGCCUGGCGGACUUGCUGGAUAUGUCGGCAGCGUGACCUCGUACCGAUCGUUCAUUGACGUGGUGGCCAAGACAGACGUUUACGUUGGCUUCCUUCCACGGGCAUCCCUCGAGCGCGUCGUCGACAGGUACCCCAUCAUCCUCCUCACCAUGGCAAAGAGGUUGACGCACACCCUGCCUCGCUUGAUACUGUAUAUUGAUUUCGCCCUUGAGUGGGUCCAAGUCGAUGCUGGUCAGGUUAUCUUCCAUGACAAGGACGAGAGUGAUGCCAUCUACAUCGUUCUCAAUGGCCGUCUUCGUCUGGUUGAAGAGAAGAAAGAAGGGGGCAUCACCGUCCGCGCCGAAUUUGGUCAAGGCGAAAGCGUGGGCGAGCUUGAAGUCCUGACCGAAACGGCUCGAGCCGGAACUCUGCAUGCUAUUCGGGACACAGAGGUGGUCAAGUUUCCGCGUACCUUGGUCAACAGCCUUGCUCAGCAGCAUCCGAACAUCACCAUCAAGAUCUCCAAGAUCAUUGCCUCACGCAUGCGGGCCAUGCUUGAUGAUCCCGCUCUGCACCUGGACAAGGAGAGUGGCACCAGCCCCAACCAGAGCCAGAGAGAGGCAACGAUGAACCUGCGUACCGUCGCCAUCUUGCCCGUCACAGCAGGUGUUCCCGUGGUCGAAUUUGGCCACCGUCUCAUGAACGCUCUCGCCCAGGUCGGGCCACCCAACGGGGCCACUUCCCUCAACCAAGCUGCUAUUCUGAAGCACUUAGGCAAGCAUGCGUUCAACAAAAUGGGCAAGCUGAGGCUGUCCCAGUACCUUGCCGACCUCGAGGAGAAGUACGGUCUUGUCGUAUACGUCGCUGAUACCAAUGUCAACUCGCCAUGGACACAGACUUGCAUUUCCCAGGCCGACAGUAUCCUGCUAGUCGGCCUGGCGGAAGGCUCGCCGGCGAUUGGCGAAUACGAACGUUUCAUGCUAGGCAUGAAGUCGACAGCUCGCAAGACAAUGGUACUACUCCACACGGAACGAUAUUCUCAACCAGGGCUCACCAGGGCGUGGCUGAGGAACCGUAUGUGGAUCAACGGUGGACACUUCCACGUCCAGAUGGCAUUCAGGAUGAAGGAGGUUCCUGUACAUCCACCGUUCAAGAAGCUAGGCCUAGCUCUCAAGGAAAGAGUCCAGGUGCUUCAGGCGGAGAUCCAGAAGUACACGUCGAGAAAACUGCACCACGCACCGUACUACUCCCCCGACACCCCCCUCAAGGGAGAUUUCCAUCGACUGGCCCGGAGACUCUGUGGCAAGUCGAUUGGCUUGGUCCUUGGCGGAGGUGGUGCUCGCGGUAUCAGCCAUAUUGGCAUUAUCCAUGCACUAGAGGAGGCGGGCAUACCGAUCGACGUCGUCGGAGGCACUUCUAUUGGAUCGUUUGUGGGUGCCUUGUAUGCUCGCCAUGCAGAUGUUGUGCCCAUGUUUGGAUUUGCUAAGAAGUUUGCUGGUCGGAUGGCAAGCUUGUGGCGGUUUGCCCUGGACUUGACGUACCCAUCGGCAUCCUACACGACGGGUCACGAGUUCAAUCGCGGUAUCUUCAAGGCUAUGGGUGACACACAGAUCGAGGAUUUUUGGCUCGAGUACUACUGCAACACGACCAACAUCAGCAAGAGUCGAGUCGAAUUCCACACCAGCGGCUACGCCUGGAGGUACAUCCGAGCGUCCAUGUCGCUGGCCGGUCUGCUGCCUCCAUUGUGCGACGAAGGGAGCAUGCUCCUCGACGGUGGAUACGUGGACAACCUAACAGUGUCGCACAUGAAGUCUCUGGGCAUCGACAUCAUCUUCGCCGUGGACGUCGGCGCCAUCGACGAUAAUACGCCCCAGACUUACGGAGAUUCACUCUCUGGCAUGUGGGCUUUCUUCAACCGUUGGAACCCCUUUUCGUCGCACCCGAACCCGCCAACGCUAGCCGAGAUCCAGGCCCGUCUGGCCUACGUGUCCAGUGUUGAUGCUCUGGAGCGAGCCAAGACGAUGCCUGGGUGUAUCUACAUGCGCCCGCCGAUUGACGAGUACGGCACCCUCGAGUUUGGCAAGUUUGAUGAGAUCUACCGCGUUGGCCGUGAGUACGGCGAAGAGUUUCUACGAAAGCUCCGGGAGCGAGGAGGCUUCCCUAUGAUGGAGGAGACGGAGGCCAAGCAAGCAUUACGUAGGACUACGGCGCCUAGACGCGCAAGCAUUUAG